AUGACCCAAAAAACACAAUACUGUCUUUCAAGGCCAUUUGUAAAGGGGAAAUGGAUGUCGUUUUAAAAGAGUAUCCUCCUUUGGCUACAAGUUUUCAGGCUAGACAGGAAGAAAUGAAGUUUCAAUACCGUUGUAACAAGUUGCAGCACAAAAUGAAGCAGACUUCAGUGGCACAACAAAGCUUGAAGGUUGCACUAGAAAAUCUAAAAUUCUGUGGACAAGUUCAAGAUCUGUCACCUCUUCAACAGCAGUGGGUAUUGUUAAUUGAAGAAUCAUUACAACUCCUGGCCAGCAUUCAGGAUCAAGUACUGAAAAUAAUCAGCAUUUGGAAGAGGCGUCAGCAAAUGUCUGGGAAUGGGGCUUCAUUUGAUGAGAAUCUGCUGCCCCUGCAGGAGAGGUUGGAAUUCAUUUUUGGCAUAUAUGAAGAGCUUUUUCACAUGAUUAGAGAACUCAAUGAGACAGCGCAGAGAGCAUUACCCACCGAGUAUCUUGAUCAAAUAUUUGCUGGCUUUAAAUCACUUAUCAUAAGCUCAUUUCUGGUUGACAAGCAGCCACCUCAGGUUUUGAAGACACAGACCAAGUUUCAAGCCAGUGUCAACUUCAUGCUGGGGUCCAAAAUUCUUUCUGGUGCAAGCAAGAUGCCUGUCAUAAGAGCCUAUAUCAUUACUGAGAAAAAGGCACAAGACUUGUUUGGGGGAUCUUCCAUUGAGUCAUUAAAUGAUGGUGCUGGAGAGAUAGAAAACGGAAGAUCUGUUUUUGAGUUCACCAAAGCCACGCGGACAUGUGGAGCUGUUUUUAAAAAUAUGUUGCUAAAGAAGAUAAAGCGAUGUGAGAGGAAGGGAUCUGAAUCAGUCACAGAGGAGAAAUGUGCUAUACUCUUCACAGCUGAAUUUACUUUCAAUGGCUCCAUUCACGUCAUUCAGGCUUUAUCGUUGCCAGUUGUGGUAAUUGUGCACGGCAAUCAAGACAACAAUGCCAAGGCCACCAUUCUAUGGGACAAUGCUUUUUCUGAGAUUGGAAGACGCCCCUUUUAUGUGGACGAGAAAGUGCCAUGGAAGAUGAUGUGUAAGACUCUGAAUAUGAAAUUUAUGGCUGAGGUGGGGACAAAGCAGGAACUGACCCCUGUGCAUUACCGCUUUCUUGCUCAGAAGAUCUUUGGUGACAAUGGUACUUAUGAUGAUGUUAAAGACCGUAUGGUGUCCUGGACUCAGUUUAACAAGGAACCUCUACGGGAAAGAAACUUUACAUUUUGGCAGUGGUUUGAUGGCGUUGUGGACCUCACAAAAAAGCAUUUAAAAGAUUACUGGUCAGAUGGAUUAAUAAUGGGAUUUGUCAGCAAGCAAUAUGUGCACACUAUUUUGGGCAAGGAACACAAUGGUACCUUCCUGCUGCGAUUUAGUGACUCGGAGAUUGGGGGCAUCACAAUUGCACACAUUGUUCGUGGAGAUGAUGGUUCAGGACAAAUUCAAAACAUCCAACCUUUCACAUCAAAGGACCUUCAGAUUCUGUCCUUGGGCGACCGUGUCAGGGAUUUGAAACAGCUAAAGUUUCUUUAUGCGAAAGGAGAAAAAGAUACAGUCUUUGAAAAAUACUACAAAAAGGUCUCUAGCAGUGGUAACGGGUACAAGAGAGCUGUUAUUAUAUUAACGGUACCUGGGGAUGAAAAUGAGUCAAAGCAAAAUCCUUCACAAAUGAGUGGCAGUAAUCAAAUGGAUGAAUGUGACCCUUUCAAUGCAUCAACAAGCAGGUGUAUACAAUAUGCGUCUCCGGUAUAUGGUUCACCUGUUGGAAGUCCCAUACCAAACAUUGGUAAUCCACCACACAUAUAUAGUCCUCCAGUUGGGUCAGUUCAGCCAUUUCUACCUGCACUGGCAGAUCAAGCCUCUUUUACUCCAAGGUAUAUUCCAAGUCCUGAAUAUUCAUUAAUGGAGAAUAGUAACCCAAUAUGGACCCAAUCUUACUAUCAUGAGUCACCGACUUAUAACCCAGAGCCCUAUCCCAGUGGAGCAAUGAGCCAGCUUGAAGAGGUAUUGGACAUAAUAAGCACUGAUGCCAGCCUAUCCAACUUUUCCACUCUUACUCAGCAUCCAAUGGAUGUGGACCCUGACUGGAGGAACUAA